UCUCUCUCUCUUAUUCUCCAUCUCUUCCCAAAGAAAUACGACAGGACAACCGAUCAAAGUAUCAAAACGCAUCGUCGUUUAGACAUAGCCAUGGCCGGAGCUCCGUCGAGGGAGGCGCAGAUGUCGAUAGCGGCGUUGUCGAUGUUCCCGGGGUUUAGGUUUUCGCCGACGGACGAGGAACUGAUCUCGUAUUACCUCAAGAACAAGAUGGACGGCGCCGACAAGAGUGUAGAAGUCAUCCCCGAGGUCGAGAUUUGGAAGUACGAGCCAUGGGAGUUACUAGACAAGUCUGUAAUACCAUCAGAGACUGAGUGGUUCUUCUUUUCUCCUCGUGGAAGGAAGUACCCGAAUGGCUCACAAAGUAAGAGGGCAACUGAGUUAGGUUAUUGGAAAGCCACUGGAAAAGAACGUAAUGUGAAGUCUGGCUCAACUUUUAUUGGUACCAAGAGGACACUAGUGUUCCAUACCGGUCGUGCGCCGAAAGGGGAAAGGACUGAGUGGAUUAUGCAUGAAUACUGUGUGCUUGACAAAUCCCAGGACUUUAUGGUUGUUUGCCGCCUUCGAAAGAACAGUGAGUUCCGUCUAAAUGACAGUAACCGAGCUUCUUCAAGUCAAAGGCCAUUAUCAACUAUGCAUAAUAGUAAUUGUGCAGCCUCUGAAGUUGGUACUGAACCAGGGGACAAGGCUAAUGAAUGUUGUUCGAAGAAGUGUAGUAGCAGUUAUGACUCUUAUUCUAUCGAGCAAAUUGAUUCUGCAUCUGAAUCCAGUCAAAAACUCGCAUCCGAGGUUACACAGCCAGAAUGUUCUGGUCAACAAAAGGAUUAUGAUGAUGAUGAUGACUUUUUUGCGGAAAUACUGAAAGAUGACAUUAUCAAACUUGACGAAACUUUAAUAUCUGCUGCUCUUGACAUCAGCCCGUUGGCUGCGUUCGUGCCCGAGGAGGUGCAAAAAUCUCAACAGCCCGGGGAGGCUGCUGUGUCCCAGGAUCUUCCAUUCCAAGGCACUGCAAACCGAAGAAUCAGAUUGAAAAAGGAAACUGUACGGACCAACCGUGAAAAGGCAAUGGAAAAUACUGCAAGCACAAAGAGUGAUUACCUUGUUGGGAAAAAUACACGCCCAAACUCAAAAGAGUCGCCAAAAUGUUCCGCGAGUGUCUUAUCGGCUAGGACAACAGCAAGCCGGCAUCUGAUACUUGCAGUAUUUCUUCUUCUGGCUUUUAUGGCUUUGUUUGCGUCUUUGUUGGGAGGUUUCUGGCGUGUUAGAAUGACCAUAUGUGAGUCUUUUUACAGGGGCUGCUUCUUACGUUAAAUGCCAAUACAGGGACUCGUUUAACUUAUUCCUUUAAUUUUCUAAUUCUACUACCUGAAUGCUGUCGUGUUAUACCAAAAGAAGCAUAUUUGAAGCAGGAACAAGAGAGGAAAUACAACUAAGGGAGAGAAAAGAAUAAAAGAAAUGUUAGAAAGAGG